UUCUAUGAACUUGCAGAUACUGUAAAGCGUGAAAUCGCUUUACAGUAUCUGCAGUUUUGUUCCACUUUCUUCGUCCUAGUCCUACGAAUGUAGGUCUCCCCACUAACGUUUGUCGCUGCUACCACCAAGUUAUAUCCCAAGAUCGUGAGGAGAGGGAAGUUAUACCAUGCGGGUGUCAUACACAAGUCUUUCGAUCGGCUACUAGUCCGGUCUGUCCAUGUAUGACCGAUGGAUGGGCACGUUGUAAUUAUAGACACACCGCUUAUGUGCGACAAGUUCGACCAAUCCAUCGGUUCUCGCGAAUGUGAACGGUAUCGAUCAAGUUAAGGGUGUUAACUUCAUUUUUUUAUAAAUCAUUUUUGUGUAAAGUUAGAAAAUAUCUCUAUAAAAUUUCUCUUCCGUAAAAAUUUGUAUAUGUGCCAAAUAAUAUUCGGUUCCGUACGAGGUAAACGUUUCGAAGGUAUAAUAAUUCAUUAUAUGAGUGUUUCUUUUCUUGUUUUAGAAUCUUUAAAAGAUUCUAAAGUUCGUUGUAGUUCCGUAAAUAACUAGAUAGACUUUUUCGUUUGUAUGAAGAGAAAUAAAAAAUAUUGCGCAUCGCAAAGACGAUUCUGAAUAUAGAUAUGAAGAAUUUAUGGAAAUAUAAAACUACGUAAUGUGCGACGAUUACAAACGUGCUGGGUUGUGCGCAUUCGUUUAUGCGACACACAGCCUUGUGGCACAGUUGUCUAAAAGCACAUAUUAUUUUCAAAUAAUUAACAAGUGGGGCGAAGAUAUGUCCCACAUCUACAACAGAUCAACGAUUAUUGAUUAAUGACGCAUAAAUCUCAGAGUGCAGAUCUCCGUAGACUCUAGACUCCAAUAUAUUUUUCGUAUAUUUGUUAGUUUCAAUACUUAAUUUAGUUUAGGAAACUUUUUACGCUAUCUAUUAGUCAUCUGGACUCCGCGUUACGCUAAAGUAAUAGCAUAACAAAACGAAAAAAAGAUCAAUAGUUUGAAGGAAAAGAUGUAUUCGGUGUGCUUGACGGUUUUCCUCGUCGUGUCAAUAUGUAGCUUAACCGCUCAGCAGCCAACGUUCUUCAGAAGCACAUUUAAGGGGUUGACCGGCCUUCCCUCAAGCGCUGUCGCGCUCAGGAAAGAUGAAAUACGAGCUGUUUAUUAUCACGAGCAGACAGUGGCGGUGGUCGAUCUUGGUCCGAGAAAUGAACUACACGAUUGUAAUAUAAUUGAAGUAUACGAGCCGUCCGAGGCUAUAGAAGUUUUGCAAAACUUGUCUAUGACUGUACGUCCGCAAAUAGUAUCCUUCCAGGAGAUAACGAGACUCAUGCAACAAUGCGAAUUGUUGGAUGGAUUACAGGUGGAGGCCACGUCCACUUUGCCUCCCACAAAUGCACUGAGCAGAGGAACCCGCAUAGCCGCAAGUUCCAUAACUCUAUUCUCCGGUAUUCUACCAGGCACAAAAUGGUGCGGCACGGGCGAUAUAGCCGAAAACUAUCAUGAUUUAGGCGAUUUACCUCACAUCGACAGAUGUUGCCGCAAUCACGAUCUUUGUCCAAUAAAAGUACGAGCUCAGCAAACCCGAUACAACCUUACUAACUAUUCUCUAUACACUAAGUCACAUUGUACUUGCGAUCAAUUGCUUUAUCAAUGUUUAAAAACUGCUAACCAUCCAACGGCGAAUUUGAUGGGACAAAUAUACUUCAAUAUCGUCAAAGUGCCGUGUAUAGAAGACAUAGGAAGAAAUCGAUAUUCUUCUUCGGACUCAUUAAGAAAAUUUGUACCUGUAAAAAGGGUAUAUUAAUUACGAGAUAUUAACAGCAUAUAUAAUGUACUAUGUUAAAAAAUUUAAUAUAUAUGCUCCAUCAUUUAUCAGUGAUAAAUAAUAUUAAUAUUUAAUAUUGUAUAUUACAAAAUGAAAGGACUAUA